GGCGCUGUGGGCAGAGAGAGCCAGGCAGCAGCACGGCACCGUCAGACAGCCAGGAUGGGAGUGCGGAGCCUUUUGGUGGCCAGCACCGUGCUGGCUUUGGGACUGGCGCUCAGUGGGGCCACCAACCCUGGCUUUGUGGUCAGGAUCACCCAGGCAGGCUUGGACUAUGCCAAGCAGCACGGGGUUGCUAUCUUGGAGGAGGAGCUGGCCCAGCUGAAGCUGCAAGACAUCUCGGGUGAAUCCCGAAUCCCGGUCUUGGGGAAGGUGCGCUACGAGAUCUCCGGAUUGAACCUUCGCGAUUUCCAGUUGCCACACUCGCAGAUUUCCCUGGUCCCCAACGAGGGCCUGCAAGUCUCCAUCUCCAACGCCUUUGCUGAGCUGGACGGGAACUGGCGUGUGAAGUUGCGCAUCCUCCGGCACCAUGGGUCGUUCAACCUGAACGUGGAGCACAUAUACAUCAAGACCAUCCUGAAGCUGGGCAGAGAUGACUCUGGGAAGCCGACGGUUGAUAUCUCUGCCUGCAGCACCAGUAUCUCCAAUGUCCGCGUACACUUUUCAGGCAAAUUGAGUUGGCUUUACAACCUCUUCCGUAAAACCAUUGCGUCCAAAUUCAAGGAAAACUUGGAGGACAAGCUCUGUGAUACCCUGCGUAGCUCUGCCAGAAGAUACCUCCAGCCGUACCUCCAGACCGUACCAGUCACAGCCAACAUAGAUGCCGUGGCUGGGAUCGAUUACUCCUUGACAGCAGCCCCGGUUGCCACUGCCAAGUUCCUCAACGUGGGCCUGAAGGGCGAAUGCUUCUCCCUGGCACAGCGCACCCCCGUCCCCUUCACUCCGCCAGCGCUGGCCGUUCCUCCCGUACACAACCGCAUGGUUUACUUCGGGGUCUCCAGCUACUUCUUCAACACUGCCAGCUUCGCCUACCACACGGCUGGGGCACUCGUCUUCGAAAUCACGGACGCCAUGAUCCCGGAGGACAUCGAAUUCCGUUUGAACACCUCCACCUUCGCGGCCUUCCUUCCCCAGCUGGACGAGAUGUACCCCAACAUGCCGAUGAAGUUCAGGCUGUCUGCUCCCUCCGCCCCGUUCCUGAACAUCGGAACAAACGGGGUCUCGCUCCAGCCUGUUGUGGACAUCCAGGCUUACGCCAUCUAUCCCAACGGCAACCUGGCCCCCCUCUUCCUCCUCGGAUUGACAGGCAACGUGUCUGCCACCACGAACGUGCAGUCCGGCCGCAUGGUUGGGAGCCUGGCCGUGGACAGUAUGAACCUCACGCUGAAGCAUUCAAAUGUUGGCACCGGCACUUUCAAGGUGAAAACGGUGCAGUCAAUAAUGAACGUAGUUGCCUCCAGUAUCCUGCUGCCACGUCUUAAUGAGAGAUUAGGUAAGGGCUUCCCUCUGCCGCUGCCAGCCCAAGUACAGCUCUCCGACCCCAUCGUGCAGUUUCAUGAGAAUUUCCUGCUGUUUGGAGCCAACGUUCGCUACCAGCCCAGGCGAGGCAGAUAAGACGACUGCAGCAACCUUCAGCGCUGACAACGCCCCCCUCUCACCUGCCCCGUGCUGCCCCUCCGAGGGUUCCUGGUUCCCAUCCCGCACCCCUGGCUCCCACCCCCAGCUCCCUGCCGCCGUCCCCGCCGCCGAGACAGCAAACAAGCGGCUCUGCCAGACCCUGACUCAUCGGCCGCCCCGGCCCGAGCAGCCAGAGGACAAACCGCAGACGCACGGGCGGGGGCCAGAACCACCCCAGGGGCCGAGCCCCACGGCCCGGGCUGGGCUGAGGGGACCCCGGGAGGUCCCUGCCCACCCCAAAUCGCCGCUGCUGCGGGUCCUGGGCCCUCUCCUGCCACCGACCACCACCAGGCUGGGGCUGACAGAGCCGAGGCUUGGGACGAGGCCUGGCGGCAUUUUCCCCUCCUGCAUGUGCUUCACCUCCAGCGAGCGCUUCCCCGCGGUGCUGUACGAAGCCCUGCUCAGCCAGGGGGGCUUCCAGCGCCCUGUGGGGGGGCUGCGUCCCUCUCUGAGCCUUUUAUAUAAAAACACCACAUGGAAAUCA